GCCUGUAAUGCGGGAGAUCUGGGUUCCAUCCCUGGGCUGGGAAGAUCCCCUGAAGGCGGGUAUAGCAACCUACUCUAGUAUUCUUGCCUGGAGAAUCGCCAUGGACAGAGGAACCUGGCGGGUGUAGUCCAUGGGGUCUCAAACAGUCGGACAUAACUGAGCAACUAAGCACGGAACUUUUUAUUAGUUUAAUUAUAUUUUUCCCUGGUGAAAGAGAGACCCAAUAUGAAACCGUUAGAUGUCAUCCAGGGAGCUCUGAAGAGCUCUGGUACCACAGUCCUUUAUGUCUCAAUGCAAAGAAUUCAGUGACAGCAAAGUGAUAGAUAAGAAAUGAUUUAUUAGAAUAGGAUGCUUGUGAGGCUUACAAAAGGGUGGCUGAGAGAUAUCACGCCCGAGAACUUACUGGGUUACAGUUUUAUAAUCAAAGGAAAAGUGGGGAGGAGGAGAAGAACUUUGUUUUUCUUGAGUAAAUGUAGUGUUUCCAUCAUCAGCUCCUCCUCCAGAUUGAGUAGUGGAGUUUUCUUGUCCCCACACAGUCAAGCUAGGUCCACAAAUUAUUGAUUUUUAUGUGUGCAGAAAGCAUUAAUUACUGAACUCACUGGACAGGAUGUGGGGCUCAUGCCACCACCGUUUUAUUUUGGGGAGGCAUGUCUUGUGCUUCUGUUGCAUGGUUUUGUUGCUGAGCAAGCCUGCUUGGUUUUGUGGUUAAGCAAACCUGCUUUCAUGAGUAAUCAUCAACUUACAAGACUUGCAACCCAGCUGGCAAAGAAUCCACCUGCAAUGUGGGAGGCCUAAGUUCGGACCCCUGGGUUGGGAAGAUCCCCUGGAGAAGGGAAAGGCUACCUACUCCAGUGUUCUGGCCUGGAGAAUUCCAUGGACUGUAUAGUCCAUGGGGUUGCAAAGAGUCUGACUUUGCAACUUUGCAAUGACUGAGCGACUUUCGUGGUUUCACGCACCCACCACCCAUUUAUUUUCUACUUCCAACCCCUAUUGGGGUAACUAUUUAAUCACCUACUUUGUCCCUUUACUCUGUCCCAAUCAAGUUCACUCUGGUUGAUUCCCAUGCUAUUUAAUGCUCCACUUGACAUUUUAGGCUUUUUGCUCUACAUGCCUCUCUAGCAGCCCUCUGAAACACAAACAGUUCGUCAGCUCCGGGGGAUGUCUGUGUGUUGGGGGUGUCGCUCUGUAGGAGGGUUGCCAUGCCCUCCUCCAGGGAAUCUUCCCAACCCAGGGAUCAAACCCAGGUCUCCCGCAUUGCAGGCGGAUUCUUUACCGCCUGAGCUUAAAGCCAAGUCAUUGCCUUUCUUUGGAGGGGAGUGGAUCAGGAGUAUCAGCUUUAUUUCCCUCAUAGAGGUUUGGGAUCUCUGUGUCAGUUCCUCGCAGGAAAUCUUUCUGAGUUAGGUCUUCAUGUGCAGACUUGAGAGUUGAAGAAGGAAAUUCCCACAGGGCCACCAGAUACACACCUAUGUUGGUCAACACUUUAGAAAAAAGGAACAAUAGGAGAUGUUUGCAUAUGAAGAGAUUUAUUAUAAGGAAUUGGCUCACCUGGGAAUACCAUCGUCUGCUGUCUGUAUGAUUCACGCCAAGUUCAAAAGCUUGAGAAGCAGAAGUGCCAAGGAUAGGAAGCAACCAGGCAGGAAGGGCUGAAGACCUUGUUCCUCCACCCAUCAGGCUAACUUCAUCGGACCGACUAAAGGAUGCCCGCCUACACUGGGAGAUCAGAUGAGAUCCAACCAGUCCUUCCUAAAAGAAGUCAACCCUGGAUAUUCACUGGAAGAACAGAUGCUGACGCUGAAGCUGCAAUACUUUGGCCACCUGAUGCGGAGAGCCUACUCAUCAGGAAAGAUCCUGAUGCUGGGAAAGAUUGGAGGCAAAAGGAGAAGGAGGCGGCAGAGGAUGAGAUGGUUGGAUGGCCUUACCAACUCAGUGGCCAUGAAUCUGAGCAAACUUUGGGAGACAGUGAAGGACAGAGGAGCCUGGCAUGCUGCAGUCCAUGGGGUUGCAAAGAGUUGGACACAGCUACACAACGGCAACCUACAUUGGUCAGGGGCAACCUGCUUCACUGAGUCCACCCCUUCCCACAUUGAUCUCCCCGGGAAACGUCCUCGCACACACCUCCAGCACUGUUCAAUCCGGGCACUCUGUGGCCAGUCGGGUAGAUGAAUAAAAUUAGCCAUCACAACAGGAACCCCUACAGAAAACCAGAUGCGUUUCCUGAAUUACUGUUGUCAUUGCCCAUGUUGAUUCUUCCAACCAAUCAGCACAGCCAGGAGCCAGCAGAAACUGCUUUCAGCUCAAGAAAUGUUUUUCUGGAAAGGAAGAUACCCAGGGGAAGUUAGUGAGAAGGGAGAGAUCUUGGUGGGUGGAGAAGGUGUAAGAAACAGUCCAGAUCAGGUUUCUCAAUUGAGGUUACCCUGGUGACCAACAAACCUCGCGUUCUGCUUCCUGGGUCUGAUGACUGUGCUUCUGCCUCUUGCUGGCCGCUGGCUGUUUCCCCUUCAGAGUCACCAGAUGGUGAGGAGACACUUGGGCCGCUGUGCCAGGGAAACCUGGGUUCGGGCCUUGUCACCAUCACUUAUGAUAUGCUUCUGGUCAGUUUGUUCAGGCUUUCCAGGUAGCACAGGGGUAAAGAAUCCGCCUGCCAAUGCAGGAGAUGUGGCUUCGAUCCCUGGGUCAGGAAGACCCCCUGGAGAAGAAAAUGGCAACCCACUCCAGUAUUCUUGCCUGGGAAAUCCCAUGGAAAGGGGGGCCCGGUGGGCUGCAAUUCAGGGGGUUGUGAAGAGUCAGACACGACUGAGGGACUGAACAUGCACACAUGCAGUUUGUUUAACUUCUGGUUCGUGGGAAAGGUAGCUGGGGAGAGGUGAGGUUUAGCGAUACACUCUUUACUACAUGAAAAAGGCCAGUAAAGGAUCAAUUCCCGCCCCCCCCCAAAAAAAAAUCAAGCAAACGUUCCGAAGUAUAAUUUCGCAUUUUGAUUUUGCAUGUGUGUUCAUUACUUAAUUUUUUAUUUCCAUGUUUUGGUUUUUAAAUUCUUUUUAAAAAGGUUUAUUAGAGUUUAUUUGAUUCACAGUGUCGUAUUAGUUUCAAGUGUACGGCAACGUGAUUCAGUUACACACAUACAUGUACUCAUUUUCAGAUCCUUUUCCCAUAUAGGUUAUUAUAGAAUGCUGAGCAGAGUUCCCUAUUUUUCACAGUAAAUCCUUGUUGGCUAUCCAUUUUAUGUAGAGUACUAUGUGUUUGUUAAGCUCAAACUCCUAACAUAUCCCUAUCCCCAUCCACAUUUUUCCUUUGGUAAACCAUAAUUUUUUCCUGAAAUCUGCGAGUCUGUUUCUGUUUCGUUAAUAGUGUCUUUAUAUCAUUUUUAAAAAACUGGACUCCAUGUAUGAUAUCAUAUGAUAUUUGUCUUUCCCUGUCUGACUUACUUCACUCAGUAUGACGUUCUAUAGGUCCAUUCAUAUUGCUGCACAUGGCUCUAUUUUAUUCUUUCUAAAUUGGUGCUUAAAUUCUUUUAUCGAGGCAUAACAUACAAACAGAAAGGGCAUGAGGAGGACUGAGAUGGAGACAGCUGUAAUUACAGUGUUGUAGGGAGAGAAGGCUAUUAUAAUACCAGGGGGAAAGGAGGGAGAAAGAGAGGGUUAGAGAAAUCAAGGACUACAGGAUUUGGGUUCCAGGAAUAUUGUGGCCUCUGAUCUUGAUAAGAGAGUCUAGAAGAGGAACAGAUCUGGGAAGAGAGUGUUUAGGAGGAAAUCAGUAGACCUGGCUUGUGCAGGACAAGGUCGAGAAACACAUAAGGUGGGUGAGAUGACUCUGCACCUGGACCAACCUCCCUGUCAAUCCCAGGGGUAACUGACCCUAAACCAUCACGCCAUGAGGAUGAGCCACCCUGAGUGAGGACAGACCUGCCUGCCCACCUCCUGGGAAGGACCACCCCCGCUCUCAGCAUCUGUGCUCAUCACUGCGAGCUCAAAGGAGAGGCCAGCUCCGGUGUCUUCAGGCAGACCGCCCGCGUGAUGUACAGCUGCCCCCUCCAUGCCCCUGGGUGGAGGGUAAAGGGCCCAUGAUUCCCGGGGUCCCAGCUUCCCCCUGAGCAUCUUUCACCGCUGAACUGCCCUCGCUCACACUCAGCUCUCUGUCCUGAGGCUCACGAUUCAGUCCACUCUCAAAGAAGAGUAAACAGUGAGGAAGGUGGAGGGGUGGGGUCAGCGGCUCCCCAUCUGUGUCGGGGAUCCAGGAUGCACACCUGGAGGGAAGCCCUGGGCUGUGGGAUUUGCGCUCGGACCCGACAGGACCUUCUGGAAGCAUCUGAGGUUGACUGAAGAGGAGCCUGAGGCUCCACGGGGCGGUGCUCUCACGGGUGCCUGGAUCUGCAGGUCGGCGGGACACAGACCUGCUGUGGUCACCACCCAGGCCACAGAGGAUGGAGGAACCUGGCACCUACCCCCGGAGCCGUCCACCCUGACCACAGAGGAAAUGAUGCAUCACCAAGGGUGGGGAUGCGCCUCGGAGACAGCCCAGCAUGGCCCAGGUGUUGGGGGGGGCACAUGUGAGACCCGCAGAGGGCAGCUGUGGGCUGAGCCGAGUGGGCCACUCAUCCUUGGAAGGCUUCCGCGGACGUCCAGUCACCAGACGGAGAGGAGCCGGGGGUCACCGGCGGGCAUUUCACAUCCUUCUGCUCCUUACCCCGAGCUUUCUGCACUCGGCUCAGCGCCGGCCGCCAGGAGAACUGUGGGGAACAGGGACAGGGCUGGACAAGGAGCGAAGAGGCACAGAGGAGAAGUGGGCACCGAGAGGAAAUCCCCUGAGGAGGCCUGACCCUGUCCCUGCCCGGGGCCUGGCACUGCUGCAGUUGACAUCCCUGCUGGGGAAAUGACCCCGAGGGGCAGGGCCGGGUGGCUGCCUUCAGCUCUGCUGCUGCUCCAGGUCCCAGGCUGUUUGUCCCUGAGUGGUCCCCGAAGUGUGACAGGCAUCGUGGGGGGAUCCCUGAGCGUGGAGUGUCGGUACCAGGAGGCAUUGGUAGACAACAUCAAAUACUGGUGCAAACACCCGUGUGUGUCACCAUGGAAGAUUGUGGAGACCAGAGAGUCAGAGAGAGAAGUGAGGAGGGGCCGUGUGUCCAUCAGAGACCGUCCUGCGAGACUCACCUUCACAGUGACCUUGAAGAGCCUCAGAGAGGAGGAUGCGGGAACGUACGGAUGUGGGAUCUAUGUACCGUUUUCAGUUGACCCCAGCUUCCAGGUGGCGGUGUCUGUGAUCCCAGUCACUAUGACAACCACGAGCCCCGAGAGGUCCACAAGCACCCCGGAGUCUCCCACGACCCUGCCAGUGCCCACCUGGAGCACCGUGUCUAGGCCGGAGGCCCCUGAUCCCGGCCAAGCUCAUCGGCCCCUGCUGGGCAGCGUCCACUUCCUGCUCCUGGUCUUCCUGAAGGUGCCCCUGCUCCUCGGCAUGCUCGGUGCCGUCCUCUGGGUCAACAGGCCUCUGAGGAGCUCUGCAGACAGAUGGAGUCGGUCCAUUUAUGAGAACCAGUAGCCCCCGUGUUCAUCGUGUUCUCUUCAAUGAUGCAGUCGGACCACUGAAUGGAAAUGACCUUCUGACUCACCUGUCCUGUAUCACACUCUACCACUCUCUCAGAAUACUGCCUUUGUGGAUUUCCUUGUAGCUUUCUUUCCUUGCCCAUGAUUCUCUGAAACCAAAAGCAUACCUCCUCAAUGGGUGCUUCUGAACUGUGACCACAGAUCAAUAUUGACUUCAGAGCUUUCAGCUCAUCCGCGGAGCAUCACUCAUGCACUGAACUCUCAGGGGCCCUCUCUGCAGGCUUCAAACCCCAGGAGUGUGGGAAUCUGGCUUUUGGAUCUGUUUUGAUGGGUCCAGGCAGUUCCAUGGUUUCCCACAUGAUCCGUGCUACCAUAAUCACCCACCCUUCACAGGUCUCGGAUCCAGAGUGGGGAAACUUCCAGUUGCUGAAUGUGUCUAUUUAAUUAGGCAUUCUAAACUCAGGAAACAACAAUGCAGAGAGUUGACAGUCCACGGAGCUAGCAUGCAUGGGACCUGAAUCAAGACUCCAUUCUGCACGAACUUUCACACCCCACUGUUCUGUCCAAUGGCCCGAAGGACCAUGUGGGAUUCUCCAAUUGGUGUCAGUUCAGAACAGAAUCCAACAUUGCAUGGAAAACCAGAUUAUUCCCUUCCCCAUGCCCAGUCAAACUGGUUCGUGUGUUUAGGUCCUUUGUGGAUGGCUGGUAGAAAAUAACCAUAUGAAAUUUAUGCAACUAUCACAGAA